UUAAAAAAAAUACUAGGGAAAAAUAAUAAUUUUAGGUACCUAAUAGAUAGGUAUUUACAUUUGGAAUGCUUAUUUGCGGUUGAUUGCAAAGAUUUUCUUGCAUUACUAAAAUAAUAUAUUAUUCAAAUUAUUGAUCAUACGCAAACUCCUGAUGGAGUAUAAGCCGAACCAAAACCUAAAAUCUAUUUUUAAACACCAAAUGUAAACAAUUUUUCAUACACGCGCGUAAUGAUAAUAUGAAAAUAUAAAAUAUUCAUCAUUUGAAUUUAUACCUAUUGGCUAUUUUAUUUUAAGUAAUAAGUAAUGUAAUAAUAACAAAUUAUUUUUGAACAGCGGCCCACCGGGAAAGUUCCCGGUUUCCCGCCGGCCCAGUCCGCCCCUGCUUAUGUCUAAAACAUUAUUAAUUGAUAUACUGAUAAUUUAAAUAAAACCCAAAGUAUAUAAUGAUUGUUUCCAUCUUCAUCUUAUUAUUUCUUUUAUGUAUGUAUAAUUUUAUUUUGUUUUAUUAUAAUUUUGUUCAUUAAAUAUUGCUUUUAACAAAUGUUGUUAUAGUUCCCAAUAAAUCACAAAUAACACACUCAAAGUUUUACUUAACUACAAUAAUAUAAAUUAUUUUCAAUUUAAUACCAUUCAUAAUGCUCUUAACUCUUAAGACAUUGAGAUGUGCGAGAUGUGAAGGAAAAAUAAUGUAUAACUCAUUAAACUUUUCCAUAACAAGUAUUUGUGGUACUACUUUUACUCAGUUGCACUAUGCCCAUUGCAUGUAAAUCACAUAAUAACUGUUAAUUCAUUAAAUAAAACAUGCACCUAAUGUCUCUAAUUCUAAAUGAGAAAAUACCAAUAUAAAAAUAAUGUUUAAAUAUUACUUAAUAUUCAACUUGUAAGUAUCAAAAUAGGAUCAAUUGGUUAAAGUAAAGUAUUAUCAAACUUUUUUCCAGCAAUUUGUUUUUUAUAUAAUGUGAACAAUAAGUAUAGUUUAUAAAUUAAGCUGAUGUUGCAAUGUUACACAAAUUUAUAUAAUGAUGAUUCUUUCCAGCAAAGAGAUAUUAUAAAAUUAAGAACACAUCUACUCUAAAGUCACACAAGAGGUUAUACAUUGGGUAUUUGAUGUAGUACUUAAAUUUGAAUUCAUUUUUCUUCUGAUUGUUAUCUUUUGCUUUGUUGCACUUCUGUAUGUAUUUUACAUAUAAAAUGCAUCUACUAACUUUUAAAAUAAUUUAAUUGUUAUUAUAGGGUACUGGUUAGCAAACUUGGAUUUCUUUGCCAAAGAUGAUCCAGCCAAAUGUCCGAAAAACUGUGGUCGCAGUUAUAAAGAUUAUCAAAAAAUUGCAGAAUCCAAUAGGAUUUAUUGUCCAAAUCAAUGCGGCCACAGCUUUAAAAGAGGACCGUCCAGCAAAAAAAGUCUCAACAGGCAUAUUAAGUAACCUAGAAAUUGUGCAAUCUUAUAGAAUGUAUUGCCCUAAAGCUUGUGGUCGUAGCUAUAUAGGAGCUCACAGAAAAUACAAUCUCAAGAGGCAUUUAUUAUUCGAAUGUGGUGUGAAACUACAAUUUCAGUGUCAAGUUUGUCAAAAACGGUUCAGUCAAAAAUCAAAUAUGAAAACACAUUGUUUGCUUGUGAUCAAGAAUUUGUGCAAACUUAUAGGAUGUAUUGUCCAAAAGAUUGUGGCCAUAGCUAUAUUGGAGCUUAUAGAAAACAAAAUCUCAAGAGGCAUUUAUUAUUCGAAUGUGGAGUGGAACCAAAAUUUCAAUGUUAUCUUUGUCAAAAAUUAUUUCGUCAUAAAUCUUCUAUGAAUAAACACCUUCUGAGUAUUCAUAAAAUAUGUCCUUAAUUUUAUUUUAUUAAAAUUAUAAAAAAAAUUAUACAUUUUG